CAAAAUUCACAGUAAACUGCAUUUACAGCCACAUUUGGCAGUUAGUAAAAUAUACAUAGUUUCAGCAGUUCAUUUGCCAAUGUGACUAUUUAACUAUUUAUCUAUGGUCUGAACACAAACGUGUCACUAUCACAAGUUGCUCCCACCGAGCUAGCUAACAUACCGUCACAUCUGCGAAAACAGGCCAGACAGUUGGAGAAUGAACUCGAUCUGAAGCUGGUAUCCUUCAGUAAACUGUGCACCAGCUAUAGCGGUUCUAGGGAUGGACGUCGAGGAGACACGUCCGACACCACCCCGCUGCUUAACAACUCCACCCAGGACAGGAUGUUUGACACUAUGUCAGUGGAGAUCGAACAGCUGCUGGCCAAGCUGACUGCAGUAAAUGACAAGAUGGCGGAGUACACCAAUGCCCCGGGCAUGGCUUCUCUUAAUGCUGCACUCAUGCACACACUCCAGAGACACAGAGACAUCCUACAGGAUUAUACCCAUGAAUUCCACAAAACCAAAGGCAACUUCUUGGCCAUCCGGGAAAGGGAAGACCUGCUGGGCUCCGUCAGGAAAGACAUUGAGACAUUCAAGAGUGGCUCUGGGGUCAACAACAGGAGAACAGAACUGUUUCUAAAGGAGCACGAGCAUUUGAGAAAUUCCGAUCGACUGAUGGAUGACACAAUAAGUAUUGCCAUGGUGACCAAGGAGAACAUGACAUCCCAGAGAGGCGUGCUGAAAAACAUACAGAGCAGGGUCAACACACUAGCCAACCGUUUCCCAACUAUCAAUAAUCUGAUCCAGCGAGUCAACCUGCGGAAAAGAAGGGACUCUCUCAUCCUCGGCACGGUGAUCGGCAUCUGCACUAUCCUCCUCCUCCUCUAUGCUUUUCACUGAAAGCCGGGCCUGGUGACAUCUUAAAGGAGUGGGACUAAUCUGCUCUCUGUAACGUGGGGAGCCCAGGAGGCUAAGUGCAGUGACUGGGAAACCUGUAGGCUCUUUAGCAGACAGACAUUCAUUUGGUCCAGUUUUGGGACGGGAACCAGCAUGAACUACUGAACCUGUAUUUAGCAGUGGGACAGAUGAAGGGCUCUUCUGCUGACAAGGGAAUAGAGACCAAAAAUACACAUAAGGCUAGAUUUUGAAACAAGUAUAUUGGUAUCUCACUUGGAGAGAAACUCUGCUGUGCUUCAAGUGUGAAGAGACUGUGUGAUGCCAAUUACUUGUUCACGGGUGGAAGGAGUUUUAAAUCAGUGGUCCUUUUUUAAUUGAUCUAGUGGAACUGAUACAUUGUGAAUUGUAAAAUGUAAAUUAAUAAAUUAUUCAUAUCACUGUGUGCAAAAGGUGUAUGGCACUACUACAUAGUCAUAUCAUUUGAACUCUUUUGAACAGUGUAUUGAAGCUUCUUGAGUAAGUUGGACUUUUGUGAUGGACUUUUUCUGUUUUCUCUUUCUUCUUUAUGUUUUAUAGAGCAAAGGAGUAAUCAUCAAAAAUAAUUUGCAUCAUUAGUUGCGGUCCAAUAACUUACUUUGUGUGGUCUUUGUGAACAGGCUAGAGUGUGGAUACCCAAACUGAGCCCGACGGGACCCGUCAGUACCCGAGGGCUCUGUUUCCUACAUGCAAGUCAGACUUUUGGCUCGACGGCUGGAGCAGUCAAAUGUCUGCUUAGUUUAAUGAUGAGGAAAAACACCGUACCAUCUCAACUGCGCUGGGCUUGGACAUUACAUAGGGGAGACCAGAGAUGAUUGUAACACCCUUAGUUUGAACAUCACUAACUUAGCGG